AGAAAGAGAGAGAGAGAGAGAACAAGAACAUAAUUAAAUAAAAAGCCCCCUCUCCUUUAACUUUCCUUCCCCGCCUCUCGUUCUUUCUCUCUCUCUCUCUGCAACUCCCCUUGUUGAUGUGAUUCUCCACCAUAACUCCAAAAACCUAUCAACCCUUUACAAAAGAGAAAGAACAUCAAAAACCAUGGUUUUUUCUUCGGUUCCGGUCUAUCUAGAUCCACCCAACUGGCAGCAGCAGAACCCAAAUCAUCAACAUGGAAGCAGUAGUGAGAAUCAUCAGCUUCCCCAACCUCCGCCGCCUCCUUCUGGUGGAGGCGGCGGCGGUGGUGGGGGUUCAAUCAGACCCAAUUCGAUGGCAGAUCGUGCUCGGAUGGCUAAAUUACCACAACCUGAGGCAGCUUUACAAUGUCCACGAUGUGAAUCAACCAAUACAAAGUUUUGUUACUUCAAUAAUUACAGCCUCACGCAACCUCGCCACUUCUGCAAGACUUGUCGACGUUAUUGGACUAGAGGGGGUGCUCUUAGGAACGUUCCGGUGGGUGGAGGUUGCCGAAGGAACAAAAGAAGCAAAGGAAGUAGUUCAAAAUCUCCGGCGACUUCCGAUCGUCAAACUAGUUCUGGUAACACAAGUGCAAUCGCUUCCAAUAGCUGCACCACUGAUAUGAUGGGCCAUAUUUCUUCAUCACUACCUCCUCCACAGUUGCCAUUCAUGGCUUCUUUACAACAUUACUCCGAUUAUGGUGCAGGAGACAUUGGUCUCAAUUUUGGUGGAAUUCAACCACCACUGGCUGCAUCAGGUGGUGGUAGUGGAAGUGGUGACAUGGAGUUCCAUAUAGGAAACAAUUCAGGCGGAGGCGGCGGCGGUGGUGGUGGCACCAUUUUAUCAGGAGGAGCUACCGAUCAGUGGAGACUACAGCAAGUACAGCAAUUCCCUUUCUUAAGUGGGUUGGAGCCUCCAUCAGGUCUAUACCCAUUUGAUGGUGAAGCACCAGCUUAUGCCGGGGGAGCAGCAGCAGCUCAGCUUCGGUUAAGGCCACCGUCGGGAUCCACCGGUGAUGGUGGUGGUGUUACACAGUUUGCUUCAGUUAAAAUGGAAGAAAAUCGAGGGUUGAAUUUAUCAAGACAGUUUUUGGGUGUUCCUGGAAGUGAUCAGUACUGGGGUGGUGGCAAUGCAUGGACAGAUCUUUCUGGUUUCAACUCUUCUUCUUCCACCAACCAUCUCUGAUAAACUCGAAACUCAAAAAAGCUUCAUCUUCUUCUUCUCUUUAAAUUAAUUAAUUAAUUAAUUAAUCACUGCAGCUUCAACUAAAGAAAAACCAGCACAACACUUGGAAGAAGCUCCAUCCCCA